ACGCGCCGCCGCGCAACGCCGUGCUCAACGCGCUGCACGCCAAGGUCGUUCCCGACGUCGGCGGCGCCACACGCUUCCUCGACUCCACGGGCGCGAUCCGCGCCGGCGCGGCGCCCGCCGGCGUCUUCUCGCUCGACGAGCUGGCGGCACUGGCGCACUCGACGCUCACCGUCUCGGCCGACUGCAUCUCCGACUUUGCGGGCGCGCCCGAUGCGGACAUCACGCCGCUCGGCAUGCCGCACGUCCACCCGGCGCUCCAGCCCCACCCGCGGACGGGCGAGGAGUGCUUGUACUUGCCGCUCAACCCGGAGGGCCUGUACGACGCUCGCUCGCGCUUGCACUGGGCGACGAACGCCAGCGUGUGGUCGCGCCUCGAGGAGUCGGGCUUCGCAUACGACCACGCGUGGUGCGAGGGGGACUUGCUGCUGUGGGACAACCUGCAGGUGUUGCACCGCGCAGGUGGUGGCUCUGGUGACAGGCCGCGGCUACUGCUGCGCACGCAGACGAUGUACAGCUGAGGAGGUGUAUCAAGGAGACUGAGACAGAUACUCCUCUUAUGUGGGACCGGGUAGAUACCGUCGAGAGCACCCAGGUAGGUAGGAGCCGUACUUGCGCUCUCUUUCUUGUGUGUAUCGUGUGAGUUUGACCGCGUUUAUGUCCAUGCACUCGCCAGCCCGAGGCCGCAAUGUACCCGGGCGGAGGCCGCACAGCGCGUCUGCGUAGGUGACGCGAGCGUCCACGUACGUACCACGACCGAGAGCCGCGGCCGCUGGCAUCGACAGUGAGCUCACUCGUGAUCUCUUCCCCGGUAGAAAGGCGCACACCGGUCACAUUCCCGCCGAGGAGACCGGCUACUCUCUCACCGCUGCGCAGCGAUAUGAGCUGCUUCUCCAGCGCUCGGCGGCGAACCGUAUGUUCGAUGAGCGGCCUGCUUGCCAAGAUCGUGCCGAUGCCCUCACCCGCGGCGAGGCUGCUCUCGCGCCACAUGCCUCCCAUGUUUGACUUGACAGAUCCCGCCGCGCAGAAGUCGAUGCGCUCGCCGCCCGCCGCAACCAG